UCCCCCUGUCAAGGCAGCUCGAGCCGCGAUUGCAGCCACGGCCGCAGGUCAGGAGCACGAGCUGCUUCGGAAUCCCGCUCUGGGCUGCAGCGCCCGACAUUCACUAGCUUGCAGCCUCCCCACCAUGCAAGGCGGGCGGAUGCUGCUGCUUCUUGCCCUGCGGCUGCCUUCAGACGCUCCGCGGAUUACGGCCACGCGGCGAAGGCUCGCCGGCCGCCGAGCGCCCCUUCUUGGCGCUGCCGCCACCACCGCUGGCUGCUGCGGCUCCUCCUCCUCCUCCGCUGCGCUCUGAUUUGUGCGCUCGUCCGGUUUGCGGGAAGCUCCGGCCAGGCGCUCUUGGCGCCGCAGCCUCGCCGCGCGCCGUCCCACGCUCGACGGCGGCACUUGAGGUCACCUUGCUGCUGCUCCUUCUUAGCCGAGACCGCUGGGGGACUGAGGCAGUUAGGAGAGUGAUUUGCUGAGGCCACCUGGAGGCUUUACACACGGGACUUCUGCCCCGAAUCUCCUUUGGGAGAGAGUGUGUGCGUUCACACACCAUCCAGACUUACCCCUGAACUCUUGACGAGAUCCUUGGAUCCACUCCACACACAAGUUGGGCUUUGUGAUGCAAAUUCUUGUUUAUCUCAAGGAAAAUGGGAUCAGUUAUUCCCCAUGUGAAAAUCCCUGCAGAAAUCCCAGUUUGAUGAGACUGUAGAGGAAGAGGAAAAGAAACACAGGAUGGAUGGCUUAGUUGAGGAGAAGAGUAUGCUUAAGCACGGUAAGGCUGCUGAUACCAAGAAGAGGAAUGGGUUAAUUAACACCAAGAAUUUGAUGACUGAGGGCAGGGAUGGCUUGGUGUCUGUGUACCCAACCCCCCACUAUCAGAGUCGGCAGAUUGGGACUCUCUACUCUCCAAGCUACUCCAGGAAUGACCCAGUGCAACAGCUCCUUGACCCUAAUACUCUACCACAGACACUGGAGUCCCGCUACCACCCAAACAUCAUCCUGUAUUCGGAGAGCAUGUUGCGAUCGUGGGGGGAGAGUGUGAGUGCAGAGUGCUGCGAAACAACCUUCAUUGAGGACAGGUCACCCACCAAAAACAGCUUGGAGUAUCCUGAUGGCAAAUUUGUCAGUCUGUCAACGGAUGAGAUUAAGAUUCAUACCCUCUCCUACGACGUGGAAGAAGAGGAUGACUUCCAGGAGCUAGAGAGCGAUUAUUCAAGUGAUACGGACAGUGAAGACCAUUUCCUUAUGAUGCCGCCCAGGGACCAUCUCGGGCUCAGUGUGUUCUCCAUGCUCUGUUGUUUCUGGCCACUGGGAAUUGCUGCCUUCUAUUUGUCACAUGAGACAAACAAAGCCAUUGCUAAAGGAGACUUCCACCAUGCAAGCUCCAGUUCACGGCGAGCCCUCUUCUUGGCUGUCCUAUCAAUCACCAUUGGAACAGGCAUAUAUGUCGGAGUUGCUGUGGCUCUCAUAGCCUACCUGUCCAAAAACAAUCACAUAUGAACUUCAAGAAAAUAUACAACUCAAGGAAGCCACAGGAGGCCAUAGCAUUUUAAAAAGCACCAGUUCUGAUGGUAAGAAGGGCUACUGUGGCUUUAUGAAAUCUGAAUUCUGAAGAAGAAAAUACUUGAUCUUUUCACCCCUUUGAAAGUCAAUAGUACUGUUGCAAGAAGCCAGAAAAUCCAGAAUCUUUCCAGAGAUCAAGAGCUCUCUUCCGAAUUAAUUUGUUUUGUAGCUCACUGCUGGUCUGAGCUGUGCUGAAGCUAGUGGGAACUCUGUCAGCUUUAUUUCUUUGAAUGUGGGACUCAUCUGUCAAAAGACAAGACACAUCUGAAUGUACAGAGCUUAAGACUGAUGGCCUUGCAGUUUGACAAUUAAGAAGAAACAGCCAGCACAGUGCAUUUGGAAAAAAACUCUGCAAAGUGGAUGUAAAAUAGGAAUAGCAUGGGCCUUUAAAAAAGGAGAGAUGAGUGUGUCUGUUCUAUCACACCCAAGGGUGGCCCAAUCAUGAGGCAAAUGGUUGCCUGGAGUGGUGGAUUUUGGAUAUAAUUAAGGAUAGCAGAGGGAGUGAGAGGAAUCUCAGUCAGGGAUUACAAUCUACCAGGAAGUUUCUCUAGCCUUUGCUGAAUUGAAAUGGACAGGAACUUCCGAAGAGUAGAAGAGUACUUUUGCACAGCUCUCAUUCAUUUAGUGUGAUGUACAGGAAAACCUCCUAGUGAACUGUUAAUUAGGGGAGAGAAUGGGGUUUAGAUUGUCAGUUGCUAAAGCUAAGCAUAUUGGGUUGGCCCUGACCACACCCAGAAAAUGACUUCCUCGCAAAGCAUGAAGCUCUUUCUGGCACUGUCUCCCUUACUGAAGAGGCUUAUUCAGCAGCUAACUAUAAGAAGCCAAUUUACCAAUUUCAUGGUAAGACCUGAAGUACCACACCGGAGCAUGCACUGGGACAGAAAGCUCUUAAAGGACAUUGGGAUACCAACCUGAUGGCAUAAGAACUCAUUCUUGGUUCAUGGACUGUCAGCUGAGCAAUGCUGCAACACAUUCCGCAUUCUCUACUAGCAACAACCCCCGAUAAAACAUGUUAGUGGGCAAAGUGCAUAUUGUAAAGAAUGUCAUUAAUAUUAAAAAUUGACUGAAAACAGA